UCAUAGGAAACAGUUAUGUCUGGUCAACGGUUUUCUGUGACUUUCAGCUCUGUGUUUCAGCUGCCUCUCCCCUUCACCUCUGAUCCAACGUUUCUUCAAACUCAAACAUUUCGUCUUCUCCUUCACAAUUCCACCUCCAACAACCGAUAGCCCCUUCAACUGUCUUAUAGCGUAUUUAGAAAGUCCUUCAGAAUUCGGGAAUUACAUUCGCUCUAUGGAAGCUUUAAUUGUUAGAUUCUGAAAAUCACACCAAAACCCCAAAAAAUUCCAUCGUUUAUAUCAUCAAUGUCAGGGGGUGGAGACAGUGAGGGCUACCGGUACUGGCUCCGAUGGCAAGUUCCUGUUUGUGCUCUGAUCCUCAUUGUCUCUGUCAUAACAUCUUCACUGCACAUUGUAAAGGUCAAAGCACAGCCCUUUUACCACAAUCACUUGUGGAUUCCCUGUUGGAGAAAUCUCACUCCUCUGUGGCUUCUCUUCUACAGAGCUUUCGCAUUCCUUUGCUUGGCUCGAAUUCAUUUUGAUAUCAUUGCCUUGGAUGGACCCUUUUCUUUCUAUUUUUAUACUCAGUGGACUUUCACAUUAGUUACGGUAUACUUUGCUUUGGGGACAAUAAUAUCUGCACAUGGAUGUUGGCAGUACAUAAACAAACCUCCGCUUGAAAAUGAGGAAAUGGACUUGUUUCUGAAAAGGGACUUGGAAGAGAGUAUUCCUACAAACCCUAUUGCCUACAAAGAGAAAGAAAUGAAGGAUUCCAUCAUGUUGCAGAGCCAAUAUGUUGAAGAGGAGUUUAAACAAAGAGUAGGAUUCUGGGGAUACGUUAUGCAGAUCACCUAUCAGACAAGUGCAGGAGCUGUCAUCCUAACAGAUAUUGUAUUUUGGUGUGUUAUUGUCCCAUUCUUAUCAAUUUCUCAUUUCAAGCUAAACAUGUUAAUGGGUGCCAUGCAUAGCCUGAAUGCAAUUUUCCUUCUUUUGGAUACAGCAUUGAAUAAUCUUCCCUUUCCUUGGUUUAGAGUCGCAUAUUUUGUGCUCUGGAGCUGUGGGUACAUAAUUUUCCAAUGGAUCAUCCACGCCUGUGGUUUUACGUGGUGGCCAUACCCAUUUCUUGAGCUUGAUACCCCAUGGGCUCCCAUUUGGUAUUUGUGCUUGGCGGUAGUUCACAUACCCUGCUAUGGCUUGUAUUCACUGAUAGUCAAAGCAAAAUAUAUGAUUCUUCUCAGAUUCUUCCCUCGCGCAUUUUUCAGGAUAUAGUACUUUGGUUGUCAUAUAUAAUUGCUGAAAACUAGGAGGGGCUUGUUAACAUGUCUCGAUAAACAAAAAUUGGGUUUACACUUUACACAGGAUUUUUCCCUUCAAGCGUUAUUCUUGCAAAUGCUUCAAAUUGGAUUAGUACUACAGAUUUUUUUUUUUCUUAAAUGAUUUGUAUACUCUAGGAAAUUUCAUAUCAAUUCGUGUGUAGUUUAAGAAUGAAAAAAGAGGUCAUUUUCA